AUGAACUCUUCAAAGGAGAUUCAAUGGGCACAAACAAUAUUAAAACAAAAACAAAUAGCAAUUAAUAGUAUUGAUGAUUUUAGAGAUUCUGUUUUAUUAAUUGAAUUAUUACAAAUUAUAACUAAUAAAACCAUCACAAAAUAUUUCAAAAAACCAAAAAAUAGAUUUCAAUCAAUUGAAAAUGCAAGUAUAGCUUUAAAUUUUAUGAAAGAUAAUUCUUUUCAAAUUACAACUUUUUAUAGUCCACAAGAUUUAGCAGAUGGUAAUGAAAAAUCAAUUAAAAGUAUAAUUUAUAUUAUUUAUUUAUAUGGACAUGGUAAACCAUUAAGAUUAAAAAGAAUAAGAAGAAAUACAAUAGUUAAUAAUAGAAAAGUUUUAUUAGAAACUUCUUUUUCUUCACCAGAUUUAAAUAAUUUUAGUGAAGAAGAAGAAGAUAUUGAAGAAGAUGAUGAUGAUGAUGAAGAAGAGAUUCAAUUAGAAUCAAUACAUGAUGAUGAUGGUGAUACAACAUCAGAAUCAGAUAUUGGUGAAUCAUUAAAGAAAUCAUUUUCAACAGCAUCAAUAUCAUCAGAAACUGAUGGUAAUGGAAUAAAUUCAUCAACUGAAAAAUUAUCACCACCCACAUCACCAACUAUUUCACCAACAUUUGCAACAUUUUGGAGAAAAGAGUCAUUAAAGAGUCAAUUAUCAUCAUCAUUAGGUUCAAAUGGUGGUAGUAGAAGAUUUAGUGGCGCAUUUACAAAUAGAUCAACUAUAAAUAUUAAAAAUAUUCAAAAUAAUCAAAUGUCAAAUUCAAUUGGUAGUUUACCAAUUGUACCACUACCAUCCAAUGGAGAUGGAGGUGAUAGUGGUGGUGGUGGUGGUAAUGGUAGUGGUAGUUCAACACCAACUCAAGGUUGGUUUAAAUCUGUUAAAACCGAGGAUUCAAAUAAAAAGAAAUCAAUAAAGAAAGUACCAUUGUUAGUAAAGAUAUCAGCACCAGAUUUUGAAAGAUAUAAUAAUGUUGAAUUCUUAGGAGCAAUUAUUAAUUGUCAAAGAUUUAUUAGGGGUUGGAUGAGUAGACGUAUAUUGAAACAAAGAAAGAAAUUUAAUUCUCAUAGAAAUAAAUGCUUUAAUGAGAUUAUCACAUCAGAGGAAUCCUAUGUCCAAUGUGUUGAGAUGAUAGUCAAGGUGUUCUAUCAACAAAUCAUGUGGAAUAAUAAAGUUUCACCAAGUCCUUAUUUAAAAUUAGAAGAUAUCAAUACGAUAUUCUCAACAAUAAAUCAAAUCUAUUCAUUCAAUACUGAGCUAUUAACACAAUUGAAAAAGGUGGCAGACACAUGGAGCCAUUACCAAACCGUUGGUAACGUCUUCAAUUCAAUGGUACAUUAUAUGAAGCUUUAUAAAACAUAUUGUUUAAAUUAUGAUUCGGCAAUCCUGUGUCUACAAAAGGCUAAAAAGAAUCAAACAUUCAAUCUAUUCAUAAAGGCCUGCUUAGACCAUCCAGAGAAUAAGAUGAAACAAAGUUUGGAAUCAUUAUUAAUCACAGUGGUACAGAGAAUACCAAGAUAUAUCAUGUUGAUCAAUGAUCUACUAUCACAUACUUGGAAAGAUCAUCCAGAUUAUCAAAAUCUUCAAACCGCUCUUAAUAUGGUCCAAACGGUGGCAUCUGAAGUCAAUAGGUCAAUUAAAACAGCGGAAUCUCAAUCAAGGGUAUUGGAAAUUCAAAAAUCGUUAAUUGGCUGGUCAGAGGAGAAUAAUUCAGAAUUGGUGCAACCUACUAGACUAUUCUUAAAACAAGGUGUAAUCUUAGAUUGUCAAUUGGAUACUAGAUUCUCAAAAGAUUUACAACAAAUGGUUUAUUUCUUAUUUAAUAAUGCUAUACUUAUCACUGGUAAAGAGGAUUCAUCACAUUGUUUCAAAUUUAAAUACUUUUUCGACCUAACUGAUCCUUCUACAAAAUUAAAAGAUAUCGAUGAUAAUCAAGUUAUUAAAAAUGCAUUCCAAUUAAUUCUUGGUAAAACUAUGGCUUUCUUAGCAACUGAAUCUUUAUCAGAGAAACAAUACCUUUUAAAUCAUAUUCAAACAAAUUGUAAAACUAAAAUAACUAGACCUUCAACUUUAAUAUUAGAUAGUAAUAAUAAUAAUUUAAAUAAUUCAAGUUCAACAUUAUUAUUAAAUAGUUCAAGUUCAACAUUAACUUUUUCAAAUUCAUUAUUACCACAAUUACCUCCUCAACAAUCAAAUGAAACAUCAACAACAACAACAACUACAACAAAUACACCAUCAUCAAUAACAACAAAUACACCAUCAUCAACAAAUCAAGAAUUGGAACAACAAUUACAAACUGAAAAUUUAGAUAAUAAUAAUAAUAAUGAUAAUAAUAAUAAUUUAGAUGAUAAUAAUAAUGAUAAUUUAGUUUGUGAAGAAAUUUUAAAGAGUUUUGAUAGUGAUAAAAAUUAUACAGUAUCAAUUUUAGGUACAACAAAUUUAAAAGAAGCAGGUAAAAAAGAAUAUACAGUUUAUAAUAUUUGUAUUACAAAUGACGAAACUGGUGAAACUAUUAAUAUUACAAAGAGAUAUAGUGAAUUUGAUUAUUUAAAUAAAAAGAUGAAAAAGAAAUUCCCAAAUCAGGAGAUUAAAGAAUUACCAAAAAAACAUUUUAUAAAUUCUUUAGGUACUACUACUGUAGAAUCUAGAAGGUUAAUGUUGGAAAUUUAUUUACAACAAUUAUUUCAAAUUGAAAUAGUAAGAAAAAGUCAACAACUUAGAAAUUUCAUUGCAUCAGUUUCAAAUAAAGAAAAUAUUACUGAUAAUGAUAAUAUACAGGAUUUACAACAACAACAACAACAACAACAACAACAACAACAACAACAACAACAACAACAACAACAACAACAACAACAACAACAGCAACAACAACAACAAACUUCUCAUUCAUCAUUUGAACCAUUUUUAAAGAAAUUAAAAGAGAAUCAAUUAUUGAAAAGGGAGAAAUCCUCUGAAAAAAGUUUAGAUAAAGUUUUAAAAAAAGAAAAAUCUACUGAUAAAAAUUUAGAUAAAUCAUCAUCAUUAAAAAAAGAAAAGUCUGAUAGAAUAUUAAAAAAAGAAAAAUCAACUGAUAAAAAUUUAGACAAGUUAAAGAAAAAGGAAAUUGAUGGCACCAUCACUACUACAAUAACAACAACAACUGAUCAAAUUACACCUGAUACGAAUUCCUCCUCAAAUUGA